UUGUAUUGAAAGUUCUUAAUGCCAUUCGCUCAUUUUAAGUAGUAAAAGGUGUUGCCAAAAAAGACAAAACACUUUCUUGUACUUCUUGGACAUGGACUAGCAUAACUUAUCCUUUUCUAAAACAGAGAAUAAUGCCUAUUACCGGUAAGCAGUGCCACAGGUAAUGGCAGCAUUACCGGUGUUUAACAUUUUAGAGCACUUCGUUGGAGGUAGCUAUGCCAGGACACUAUACUAGAGCAAUGUGUUGUUGUAUUAUAAAUAGCAAUAAGAAUACACAUGCAAACAGUGUUUAUUUAUUAAUUUGAGAAAUUAUGACACCUAGUGGUUGUUAACUGUGUUGUGUAUUCUUAGCUACUCAUCCCUCCCCUGUACAAUAUAUCUUUUUCUGGAAUCACAAAUAUACUGGCCCAGAUAUGUUCUUUAAUAUUCUACACAACUGUAAAGACAACUGUGGUGGAAAGCACGAGUGGCCAUAUUCAGGCAGAUUAAAAAUAAUUCCGGCGCCUCCUCAAGACUCACCUCUUCAGACAGCACCUGUAGAAACUCCUCUUUUCCAUCUGGACACUUAUCACUCUUCCUUAAAUGCACUUUACUUGCUCUUAUCUGCUCCCUAUUUUACUGCAUUUAACCCUGUACUUUAGAGUACUGUAAUCUGUCGAGUGUCAUUUAAUCUGUAGUAUUUUGUAUUUAAUUAUAUCCUGAUGUAACUAUCACUGACACUGUUAUCUGUUCCGUUAUUGAAUCGUAAUCGUAUUAAUACUUAUACUGAUUCUUGAAAUGUAUUUUUGUCUACGACUGUAAGUCACCCUGGAUAAGGGUGUCUGCUAAGAAAUAAAAUAAUAAUAAAUACAAAUAAGUGUAUAAUUUACAUAAUUUCUUGCUAGUUUCAUACAUCAAAUUCCUCUGAAAAUUUAUUUCAAAAUAGGGCCUAAAAUGUGUAAAAAUGUGGCUUGGCACACCUAUGUGUCCCCCUUUUCUUCUGAAUAUUAGCAGCACACUUCCAGUGGAGUCAUGUGGUAUGUGUGUUUCCUCUUGCAGGUUGGCAGCUAUUGCACUUUUAGUUCUGAAGGAUGAAGAGGAUGCCUUCUGGUGUCUGGUGGCUGUUGUUGAAAUCAUAAUGCCACAAGACUACUACAGCAAAACCCUCACUGCCUCUCAGGCUGAUCAGAGGGUGUUCCGUGACUUUCUUGCUGAGAAGAUGCCUCGCCUGACGGCCCACUUCAAGGAGCACAGCAUCGAUCAUUCCCUCAUCACCUUCAACUGGUUCCUGGUGGUCUUCGUGGAAAGUCUGGUCAGCGACAUCCUGCUCAGAGUGUGGGACGCUUUCCUCUAUGAGGGCACAAAGGUGAUAUUUCGCUAUGCACUGGCCCUCUUUAAGUACAAUGAAGAGGACAUUCUAAAAAUUCACGACAAUCUGGAAAUCUACCAAUACCUCCGUUUUUUCACCAAAAACUAUCUCUGAUGGCAGGAAACUAAUGAACAUAGCAUUUAAUGAUAUGAAUCCCUUCC